AUGCAACCAGCGCUGGACACAGUCGCGUCGUGGGCCCGGGACUGGAAGGUGCAGGCGAGCGCAUCCAAGUGCUGCUUCACCACCUUCACCCUCGACCCAAAGGAGUGCGGAGGCAAGGUGGUACCGACGCUGAAGUUCUCAGGAGAACCUCUGAGGUACGACCCGAACCCGACUUUCCUGGGCAUCACCUUCGACGACCAGCUAACCUUCAGCAGCCACAUCUCCUCCCUCAAGGACAGGAUGGCGAAGCGCAGACAGUGCCUGCAAGCACUCGCGGGGAAGACCUACGGAGCGCACCGCAGGACUCUCCGAACGGCCUACAUCACCUACAUCAGAUCGGUCUUCGAGUACGGUGCGGCGGUGUACUUCACUCACGCCUCCCCCGCCCUGCGCGUCAAGAUCGAAACUGAACAAAACAGGUGUGCCCGCAUAAUCACCGGAUGCAUCCUCCCGACUAACACAGCGGCUCUGCUGGCGGAGGCGGACCUCCCCGCCCUGACAGUACGGGCCAAGGAACUGGCAGCUACCGAAGCCAGCCGCAUCGCUCGCCUGCCAGCGGAAGACCGAGCCAAGCAGCUGCUGGAACGAGACCCCCGACCUCGCCUCAAGUACCGCGCGCACGAGGCCUGGAAACGGGCCUGCGCACAAGCUGCUGAGGAGGGACGACCGGAGCCAGCCCUGCCGGAUGAAGACGCCCUGCUGCCCCACAAGCCAUGCCUACGCAGAGUGGGCCAGUGGACUCUGAGGGAGGCGGGAGUGUCGGGCUGCCCAGCGGAGCCGUUCCUGAGGGUGUCACCGGAGCCGCCGUGGUCGGCCCAUCAGGGGUCAGUGACCUUCAUCGUGGACCUACCAACCACCACGCGGCGGACAGACCCACCUGACAAGAGGAGAGAGGCGGCAGAGCGCGCCCUGGCCGCCCUGCCCGCGCCAGACUGCUCCAUAUGGAGUGACGGCUCGGCGGCCGGAGGCACGUCCAACGGAGGAGGAGGAGCGGCCAUCAUCCUGCACCGGGAGAACGACCGCAGGAUCGAGUGCCUGGCAGCUGCAGGCACCCACUGCAGCAGCACCAGGGCGGAGCUGGUGGCAGUCCGGGAGGCACUUAAGUCCCUGGCGAGCCUGCCGGCCGACUCCCUAGACGCCAUCAAGGAGAUCCGCCUUUGCACCGACUCCAGGGCGUGUCUACAGACGCUCCAGCGCGGGCAGGCAGCCCAACAGGAGGAGCUACCGGCGAGCAUCUGGGCCUCUCUCCAUGACCUCACGUGUUCCGGGAAGCACGUCACCCUCCAGUGGGUACCGGGGCAUGCUGGCAUCCCUGGUAAUGAGGACGCCGACAGGCUAGCCAACCGAGCCGCGGCAGAGCUAAGCCAGGCAGCGGUCCCGCUGGACAUGGCCGGCGCCCGAGCGGCGAUACGCCACAGAUCCGCCGAGUGGACCGCAGCCCGAGCCAAAGCUCAUCCUCACCUACCACCCACGCCCGGACACGAGGACCUGACCAGGUGGGAGCAGGUGACACUGUCUCAACUGAGAGUGGGAAGAUCAGUGCUCACAAGGAAGACUCUCCACGAGAUCGGUCUUGCGACAAACCCCGACUGCCUGAACUGCGAGGAGGAAGACUCGGUUGCACACUUGCUGACCGAAUGCCCAGCGUACGCCCGCAUGAGGUCCCGCCUGUGGGGCGGACCUCUGCCGAGCCUGGGGCAUGUGCUGGGCGGAUCAGCGACUCUCAUCUUCGAGUACCUGCGGCGGGUGGGCCGUGUCGACCCCCCGGUCGACGCUGCCACGGCCGUGGCCGCCCCGGCGGCCACGGCGUGA